UGGCGUAGCAUAGCGUAGCAUAGCGUAGCCAUGAGCCAGCAAUCCAGCUAUGAUGCGCCAGGAUUUGCGGAAAGACUGGAUUCCAUUGUUUCAUCGCCUUCCCGAGCGGACAGCAUCGACUGCAUGGGAAGGUUGCAGGGUGUGGAAGAUGGAGAUCACAGCAUGUCAAUGGGCGGUUUCCGAUCUAUGAGAUCUGAACCUGAGCAAAACGCGUUAGAGCAAAAGCUGUCCAUCCUCCUGAAAUUAUUCAGAGAUCAGGUCUUGGAUAGAGAUCGCCUCGAGUGCAGGCUGAACAGCAUAGAUGAGAAGCUGAGCCAGCUUGUCCCAGAGAAAGAGAAAGCUGACAAGAAUUUGCGUCGCAAGAUGUCCAUGGUCUCGAAGAAGAUGUCCAAGAAUGACACACCCAGUGAUUCCAACAAUGCGGCAGACUUUAAUGACAUCGACCUGAAGUUAGGCCUUCGGGUGAUGAAGGCUGCCAAGCGUCGCAACAAUGAAGCAGGCCCAGCAUGGAGACAUAGCGCUUCUUGUGCAGGUAAUGAACAUGGGGCCCGGGAUUGCUCAGGCUCGCUGGACAAGAACUUAGAUGCGCCCUCGUCUCCGAGGAACAAGGACUUUGCUCGUCAGGUGAGCAGGGAGAGCGACCAGGUGGCCCUCCCAAAAAGGAAGGUCAAAGCUGCUAGCGUGAAAGAGCUGACUUUUACCACGAAACCCAAAGCUCCCAGCAUGAAGGAGCUGACAUUUUCCUCGUCAAUGAUUAACUCCGUGGGCGCCACCGCUAAUCAGCCAAGCAGCCUCCCUCAUGUCUUAGAGCUGGAUUCCAGCAUUGGCAGUACCACCCAGACGCCAAGCAAGACGCAAGCAGAGACGCUGCCGACGCCGGGCAAUGGGAAAAGAGAGAAAACUGAGACUGGGGGCAGAACUCUGAAUCGACCAGAGACUAGCUCCCAAAGCAUUGCCAUCACCACCGGCCUGAACACCAGCGGCGAGGUGUCGCUGAGUCACCUGUUCCGGCACCGCGAGACGCAGCUGAUUCCGUCCUCCCCUGCUCCUGGGAGCCCCCGGCUUUCUGCAGAAAUCAUCGGCAUGCAGUCGGUGGAGGACUCGAGCGGGGAUCAGUUCUGGGAGGGCCUUCCACCGAGGGUGCCCAGGGCUCUUCGGUGCUGGCUGGCAGCUUGCGAGUUCAGCCUUCGCGCCUGUGGCUUGACGCCGCUGGUGCAGUGCCGUGCAGAUCCAGAUGCCUCAGGACCAGCGAAAACCCUGACCGCCGAGAUCGAGCAGGAGCCUGGAGCCACUGUUGUUUCAAAGCUCUACCACAGUUUAAUUCUGUUCAUCCUCUUCGGUUGCGUUGGCGCAGCUGCAGCUACGCACUUCGAUUUCUGCGAGGAGUGCUAUGUGGCGCUGGCAUCGGAUGCUGGGAUUGCUUUCGGGGCGCUGAUGGCCGUGUGGUCCUGUGGUGGCAUCUACACCUUCUUCAAGAGUGCCAGGAUGCAGCUUCAGAUGACCGACCUGCUUGAACACGAAGUGGAAAGCACCGGAUUAGACAACUACUGGAUGCGGCAGAAAGGCAAGGACUCGGUGACCCUUGUCGUGGUGUGGCUGCUGGCCCUGAGCAUGCGAAUUGCCCUGGGGCUCCACAGCGGGACUUUGGACACCUCGAUCUCCAUCGCGCACGUCGUGCUGCAUGCGCUGGCAUCUGCAUGCCUCAUUGGUGCAUGUUACUUGCACAUGGCAAUGUGGCGGGGGAUCUCCCUCACCAUCGUCGCCUUCGCCCGUUCCGUUCUGGAAGGUGAAACCAGUUGCCAGCAAGCCCGUGGCAAAUGGCGGGAGGUCAUUAGCUGUAUGCGGCAGACGUCCCGCAUGUACCAGCUCACAGCUGCCGCCUUUGGCCUCACCACCCUCAUGGUCGUCUUCGGGGCGCUAUUUGAUGUGCAGCAGGGGAAACUUUGGGAUGCCCUGCCCAACUUGGCCCUGGGAGCCACCCUCCCAGGAGCCCUCUACGUGGCAGCAUCAGCGACUGCCCACUGCACGAGAUUGCCUUCGCUGGUCAGUAUGCUAGAUGGUGAUGAGGAGCUGGAAGCUGAGUACAUGAGCCUCUCGCUUUUCCUCACCCUCAGCGAGUCAGGUUUCUUCAUGUGGGACACGCGAGUGACCCUCGCUGUCCUGCAGAAGUUCUUGUACUUCACUUCGGCCAUUGUCGGCACCAUUGGCUUUCAGCUCAAGGUCUUCCACUUGUGAGCUUCAACGUGCCAUGCUUAGCGGCCCCGGCAAGGAAGGUGCCCAACGCGCGAGCCUUGUUUGGGUCUUCUGCGGCAAUUGAAAUGCAAGAGUCGACUGAAGCGCUGAUCCCGUGAACCGAGU